UGUUAGCUUUGUGAUUUCUCUCUCUCUCCCGCUCACUCGUUCUCCUAUUUCUUAAAUUCUGCAGUAAAUGAAGUCGUAGGUUUUCUCUGAGUAGGAAAUCUUCUUACGUAUAUUCUCGAUACGAUAAAUUACACCAUGAAGAAUUGAACUGAAAUGGAUAUAAUAGGCUUUUGAGUUGAAAUCCUUCGCAGUUGGAUAACGAAGGUCCUGUGCUCGCUAUGUGAUUUUUUGUAUAUCUCUCUCGCUCGCUAAAUUCUCCAAUUUCUUAAAUCUUCUGCAUUAGCUAUUGUAUUAGGUUUUCGCGAGAAGAAAAUGUUCUAACGCACUGUUUCGACGUGGUAAAUUACAUUAUGAAGUAUUAAAUUUGAAUGGAUAUAGGCUUCUACACUUUAAAGUUAAUCAUCCACAAAUGGAAACUGAAGGGAUGGCUAAAUUGUCUGCUUCAUUGAGACUAUUUGAUGCACAUUGUCACCUCCAAGAUCCAAGAAUAUUUGAUAAAGCACCUCAAUUAAUUAGUGCAGCAGUGGAUUCUGGUGUUGUUCGUUUUUCUGUUAAUGGAAUCUCCGAGAAAGAUUGGCAUUUGGUCAAGCAAUUGAGUGAAUCGUAUCCUUGCAUAGUUCCAUCCUUUGGUCUUCAUCCCUGGUCUGUUCCUGAAAGAACUCGUGGCUGGCUUGAAAAACUUAAGGAAUUUUUUGAAGCAGUACCAAGCGCAGCAGUUGGAGAGAUUGGUCUGGACAAAGGUUCACGAGGAAAGGAGAUCAAUUUUACAGAUCAGAUUGAGGUCUUUCAGCAACAACUAGAGCUUGCUAAGUCCUUAGAAAGACCAGCAUCCAUCCAUUGUGUCCGUGCUUUUGGUGACCUGCUUCAGAUAAUGAAAUCUAUGGGGCCUUUUCCUGCUGGUUUCAUUCUGCAUUCUUAUCUAGGAUCUGCUCAGAUGGUUCCGGAGUUCUCCAAGCUAGGUGCUUACUUUUCAUUUUCUGGUUUUCUCAUGUCCAUGGAGGCAAAGAAGGCAAAGAAAAUGUUGAAAAUGGUGCCCUCAGAUAGGAUUUUGUUGGAGACUGAUGCGCCUGAUGCACUUCCCAAGUCAAAGUCAGACUCCCUAUAUUUGGUUGAAGGCGAUCCUUCCCUUUCUGAAUUUCUUAAGACCCAAGAACAAUCUGCCCCAACAGGCUCACAACAAAGUACUUUGCUUUGUUCCUCUACAGAUGCAUCAACACUGCCGAGAGAGACUCUCAAUCACCCAGCAAACAUCCAAAAUGUCCUUGAUUAUGUUGCAUCUUUAUUGGAUAUCAGUAAAGAAGAACUUGCUGAAUUGAGUUAUAGAAAUGCGGAGCAUUUAUUCUCUUUCAAAGGUCUACAAACCUCUUAGGGAAGAGUCCUAAUAUUUAGGUGAUGUUUUAACAACUUGAUAUAAUGCCCCCUCUUGUUCGUGUUCUCAUCUUACUAACAUGUAUCUUACCAUCUAGCAAUAAACUCUUCUUUUGUGGAAUAAAAGUCGUAGGCGAUGCCUUUAUGGUGCGUGUA